CAAAACGGAAUCUUUUUAAUGCUCCUUUCCCAACUUCCAGAAGUUUCUUUUCCAGCUUAUAAAGUUUACGGGAAGGAUUCGUUGUCGGGGAAGCCGAUAGAUCUGGUUGCGGAAGGUUUUAGGAGCUGUGAGAGGUUAUAAAAAUACCAUGUUGCUGUCAAAUGUGAUUCUUCUGUGCCUACUGGGCACCGUCAGCGCGGACAAGACCCUCAGCAGCCAUGCCACCUCUUUGGCUGACAACAGCGCCACUUUGGCCUUCAACCUGUAUCACAACAUGGCUAAAGAGAAGGACAUGGAGAACAUCCUGAUCUCCCCCGUGGUGGUCGCCACCUCAUUGGGUCUGGUAGCUCUUGGAGGAAAAUCGAACACCUCCUCCCAGGUAAAGACCCUUCUGAGCGCGACUAAUGUGAAAGAUGUGCAGCUGCACUCCGCGCUCGCCGAGCUUCUCUCCGAGGUCAGUAAUUCAACGGCCCGCAACGUCACCUGGAAGAUCAGCAAUCGUCUGUACGGGCCCAGCUCCGUGAGCUUUGUGGAUCACUUUCUGAUCAGCAGCAAGAAGCAUUACAAAUACGACCACUCCAAAAUAAACUUCAGAGACAAGCGUAGCGCGGUGAAGGCCAUCAACGAUUGGGCAUCGAAGUCCACGGACGGCAAACUGCCUGAGGUGACAAAGGAUGUGGAGAAAACAGAUGGAGCCAUGAUCAUCAAUGCUAUGUUCUACAAACCACACUGGGAUCAGCAGUUCCAUCACAAAAUGGUGGAUAAUCGCGGUUUUCUGGUGCAUCGUUCUUACACUGUCUCUGUACACAUGAUGCACCGCACAGGCGUUUAUGGGUAUUAUGAAGACACAACCAACGAACUUACAGUUUUGGAAAUGCCGUUGGCCCAUAAGAUGUCGUCUAUGGUGUUCAUCAUGCCGUACCAAGUAGAGUCUUUGGAGAGGGUGGAGAAACUGCUAACACGCGAACAGCUGGACACUUGGAUUGGCAAACUGGAACAAAGAGGCGUCGCCGUGUCCCUUCCCAAGGUCAGCAUGGAGGUCAGCCACAACCUGAAGAAACAUCUCGCAGAUCUGGGUCUGACUGAUGCUGUAGAUAAGGCCAAAGCUGAUUUGUCUAACAUGUCAGGGAAGAAAGACCUGUACCUGUCCAACGUGUUCCACGCCUCUGCCAUGGAGUGGGACACGGAAGGAAACCCACCCGACAGCAGCGUCUAUGGCACAGACAAGCUCAAGGACCCCAAGCUAUUCUACGUUGACCAUCCCUUCAUUUUCCUAGUGAAGGACAACAAGACAAACUCCAUUCUGUUCAUUGGCAGAAUGAUGCGGCCGAAGGGUGAUAAAAUGAGAGAUGAAUUAUAAUGCAGGGUCUAAUUUAUACCAAUAUUUGUGUGAUAAUUUUGUUUGUAUGUGCAUGAUUUGUAUAUGUGUGUGUCAGCAUUUAGACAGGACGGGAAAGUUACAUUUCGGGACCACCGUAUAAGUGCACAUUCCGUUAUUUUUACGCCGUGUUUUGUCAUUUGUUUUGAAACAAUGCAAAUGUUCACAACAAAGUCACAAGUAAUGCACAUGCUCACCUGAGGUUUGGGAUGUAUUCUAAGAAGGACAGCAUGCUUAUAUUAAGUGUGAUCUCCAGCAAGUGUACUAAAUAUUCACACAAACAGCAUUCUGCUCAGGGGCUUAUCUUUAUCGAUGAGUAUUGAUUCCUCGUUGAACACGAACUAUGGCAACUGUUAGACGUUAUGCCAUACCGGUACAUUCCCCUCAGAAGUGCACACAUGUGUCUUCACUGAAUACCAUGUAUGCACUAGACAGCAUGUGAUAUGAGCUCAAAUCUGCACUCGGCUUCGCACUGAACAUGUUUAAGACCAGUUUCACACUGCACCAAAACACUUAUGUCAGUUUGGGUUGUUUCUCCUUUUUCAAUAAAAUCUGCAUUUUUUAGGGAA